AUGUCCUCUCUCUGCUAUGGCUGGAACGUCACUUCAAAUCACCAAUGUGAUGAGGAUGGUAGGAUUAUCCUUAUCUGGAGAGACCCUUUGAUACUACGUGUUCUCUCACAGUCUAGGCAAGCAAUCACCUGUGAACUCCUGCUCCCAUGCCAUCAACCCUUUAUCUACACGGCCAUAUACGCUUCUAACUUGGCUGAGGAGUGUAAUGAUCUAUGGGUUGAGCUCCUGCAACUGCACGCUACACUUGACCUUGAAGCAACAAAUUGGAUUAUUGGAGGUGAUUUUAACCAGAUUAUGUUUGGAUCAGACCACUGUGCUAUAGCAGACAACAUCAAUUAUGCUCAGAUGUACCAAUUUCGGGACUGUCUCCAUCAAAUGGGUGUCUUUGAUUUUCGGUACACUGGUCCCCAACUAACAUGUACCAACAAACAAGAUGACUCCCCAGUGGCAAAGAAGUUGGAUAGGCAGCUCAUUAAUAGUUUCAUUAUAACUGCCUUCCUCCAUGUAAGAGCACUGGAAGAUCCCUCCCCUCAGUCUUUUCUUAAAGAAAAACUCUUACAUGAAAAAUGGAACUUCCUGCGUCUGUUGGAGGAAAGCUACUUUAGACAAAAAUCAAGAAUCAAUUGGCUGCAAGAAGGGGAUCUCAACACUACUUACUUUCACAGAGUCUGUCAGGCUAGAGCAUGCUUCAACGCCAUUAGAUCUUUCCUUCUAGCCUCAGGUGAUGUCAUCACUGAUCCUAUUGAAAUGAGUGUCCCCGCGGUGGGACAUUUUAAAUCAGUUCUUGGCCAUGAAAGUUUGGUCUCUCCCCCGGAAUGGUUCAGAGCAAUAUAUUACAGGCCUAUCGCAUGUCUCAACACCAUUUACAAGGUGAUCUCUAGACUGUUGGUAGUUCGCCUCAAACCUAUUUUACCCGAUCUAAUUCUACCAAACAAGACUGCUUUUGUUAAGAAUAGGCUACUAGUUGAAAACACUGUGCUAGCGAGUGAGUUGGUGAAUGGGUAUCAUAAAGACAAGGGGAAGAAGAAGGUUACUCUAAAAGUGGACAUUGCAAAAGCCUUCGAUACGCUCUCAUGGGACUUCCUUCUCGCUUGCUUAGAUGGCUUAGAUCUCCCUCCCCUCUUUGUUGGCUGGCUAAGGGCUUGUCUUUGUACAACAAACUACACUUUAGGAUACAAUGGGACUGUCAAUGGGUAUUUCAAGGGAAGAAGAGGUCUAAGGCAGGGGGACCCAUUAUCUCCUUACCUCUUUGUAAUUGCUAUGAACUGUCUCUCCUUAAUGCUCAACAAAAUGGCAACGGAUGGGUAUAUGGAGUAUCAUCAUAACUAUAGAAAGAUCAAACUUACCCAUCUCUCUUUCGCUGAUGAUCUCCUCAUUUUCAUUGAAGGCUCCAUUGAAUCUGUCCAAGCGGUACUACAAACCCUCCAUGAAUUCGAGCUUAGAUCCAACCUAGCAAUUAGCUAUCAAAAAACAAGUUUCUUUGCAUCAUGCCUAUCAGAAGCAGAAAUGUCAGCUAUUCAAGUCUCAACUGGAAUGAAAUGUGGUACUCUAUCUAUGAAGUAUCUUGGUGUGCCGCUUUGUACUAAGAAGCUUACUCUCGCCAAUUGCGAGCCCCUGCUCCAGCAAGUAAAAGCGCGCUUCUCCUCUUGGCCGGCCAAAGCCUUGUCCUUUGCUGGGAGAUUGCUCUUGAUCAAAACUGGAGAAACUGAGGGGCAUCACUCCGCAAGAGUAGCUUGGGACAGAAUCACGUUAACUAAGGAGCAUGGUGGGUUGGGAGUUAAAGACUUACUUGUUUGGAACCGAGCUUGCUCCCUGAAGUUGGUGUGGCUGCUCUUCUUUCGCCCUUCUUCGGUAUGGUUUUCCUAUUUCAAAGAGAUCAUUUUAAAAGGAAAUAUUAGCAACUUCUGGACAAUCAAAACCAGUUCAUCAUAUUCAUGGUUGGUGAAUAAGCUUAUCAAGACUAGAAACAUCUGUUAUCCUCUGAUUAAACAUCGGCUAGGUAACGGUUUCUCAACGAGCUUCUGGUUUGACAACUGGUCCCCGUAUGGUUGCCUUAACGUGUACCUCAAUGGUGAUGUCUCGCGAUUGGGAAUUCGGAAAACUGCUACUCUGGCCUCUCUAUACUCUGAUGGAAAUUGGUCACUGCCUCCUGCCAGAACAGAAGAGCUUUUGGAAGUUCAGAUUCAUCUCACAACUGUCACCCUAUCACAAGAAGAAGAUUCAUAUGAGUGGGUAAUUAAUGGAAAAUCAAGGGACAAGUUCUCCACUGGAUCGGUCUACGCUUACCUCAAGGGUGAUGUAGCUACUGUGGCCUAG